UUAAAAAUAAAAUGAUUUAUUAAUUCAGAUACAAAAAUACCUAGAAUAAAAAGUUAAUAAACAAAUGUUCCUACUGGGUAUUAAUAGAUUAGGUUACUUUCAACAAUAUUAUUAUCUUUUAUGCUCAGAGAUUAAAUGCGUUUCAGACAUUGCCUAUUGUGUCCAACUGUGUCUAAGUAGAAUUGUGUAAUACUGAUGUAGCAAUAAUCAAUGCAUCAAAUUUAAUGAACAUUUACACAGAAUCCUCCCAAAUGCAAUCAUAUUUAUGGAAGUGAAAGACUCUAUGAUUUUAUCAGUUUAGUUUUCCAGCGAUCAAAUUCUAACUGUGAACUUCUCUAAUAAGUAGAAACCAUGUCUUGGUCAAUAGAAACUGGCAAAUAGAAGAUGCUUAGUACAUACACUUUUUGAACUAAUAAUGACAGUCAUCCAUUUAACAAACAUUUCCUGAGUGACUGUUUCAUCUAUAACUAUACUAGUUAUUAUGAGAUAUAAAGAUGUUCAUGACAUAUUACCUACCCACAAGACUUAUUCUUGGUGAAAGGGCAUCUUAGGUCAAAUCAAUGACUGUAUAAAGCCUGUUUUUACCUUGAAUUUUAUCUUGAAGAUUAUCUAGAUCUUUAUAGUGAGGAUGCAACUCUUUUAACUGUGAUUGUUGACCAAGCCUUUGCAUUUACUAGGUGCCUGAAGAGCCUUCUCAAAUGAAUCUACUCUAAUUCCCAAGAGUAGAAAAGACCCUGUUUAUAGGCUGUCUGACAACUAGCCUCUUAAUGGGGCCUAGAGAAGGUCAAGUAGGCUGCCACCUUUCUCUUUAUAGGAACUGACUGUAACCUGCAAUAAAAUGGUUCAAAUGAGGAGGGCUGUGACUCCAGUGCAACACCCCUUCCGGAUUACACAAUGAGUGCAGUGAUGGCACAGUUUUCAACCAUACUAGUAUUUUUGAGUGGCCCAUAGGCAUUUUCAACUCAAUAUAUACUAGCCUGAAGAUUUACAUUUACCUAAGGCUGAUAUCCUUUAGAGGGAUGUACAGUAAUUCUCAGCAUUUUUAAAAUUGCUGAAUUCAUCUUACGCUCAGAAGCAUUGAAAAAUUCAACUAAAAAUUAUACCCAUCAUUUUAAGAUAUUUAAUUCAUAACCAUCUGGGGAUGCAAUGUCUGCUCUGUUGACCUUACUGUAAGCCAUGUGUGAUAAAAUCACUUUAUAUUUAUGUAACAUUUUAAAGUGAUGUUGGUAUUGAUUAUAUAAAAAUAUUGUUUAACUUGCAAUUUCUGUACAGAUAAGAACUUUCCCCUUUUAAAUAGUAAAGAGUCAAAUAAUCACAGAUGUUGUUCACUGAGGAAACAGGAGUUCCUCUCAAGCCAGAAACUGGAAUUUAGAAGAAAACACAAGGUUAGAUACUACAUGAGAAAUCUACAUCACUUGUUCUUAAUAAUAUAGGCAUGAAGACGUCUAGAGAGGACGCCUGAGUAGUGGUGUCAGGUGGUUUCUUUCACAUGGAACCAUAUGGAUCCUGGGGAGUAAGAAACACAAACAAAUUUCACAUUAAAUUUUGUCAUCUCCUUGAAUUAGAGGGUAGGUAGCUCAAGGAGCAGGUGAAAUCAAAGAACAAUAAUAAGAGAAUUUCACUGAUUAAUCAAAUAGCUAUACACAUUAUAAAUCAACUUGUGCUUAAACUUUGUGGGCUAUUAAACUCCAUUUAAUGUUUUUCUUCUUUCUCAGUAUCUAAUAUCAAGCAGAGAUAAGAAUGAACCAAAGGAGGCUGAUGUUAAGCAGGCUUUCACCAAAGCAUUAAAAGAGGCUCAAAGCCCCUUUGGGAGCCAGCAUGAAAGGAACAGCUGUAAAAGUCGGACAACCACAUAGGGAAGGGGAGCUUGGGAUUAUAGAAUCACGCUCUUAAGUUAGACACCCCUUCCCACUGGUGGUCCUUACAGGGGUAAGUCUUCCUAUAUCUGGAUUUUUUGCUUGUUUUACUUUUAGGUGACUAGAGACAGAUAAAUACACACACAUAGAGAAAUAAAUUGUGUGAUUUAUUUGACUGCACACUUUAAAGUCUCAGAAUUUAUUAUAAGGGCUCAUAAAAAAACACAAAUUCGUAUGUAUAAAAUUUAAUCACUGAAGUCUAAUAUUGUAAAAAUCUAAUGAGGAGAUAAUAUAUUAAUUAAAUUUAAAUAUUUAUAUUGAAGGAAAUGGUAUGCAGCUGUUCAAAGUAUGUUGUAGGGAAAUAUUUUGACAUGGAAAAUUAUUCCGAGGUGUUUCUAAAUGGAAGAAAUACGUAAACUAGCAACAAUGUUUCUGUAUUUUUUUUAAUUCAUGAUAUAUAUGAAAAUACAUGUACAGUAAAAGGUAUAACUGUAUAUACCAACCAUUAACAAUGAUCAUCUGUGAAUUCAUGUUUCAGAUAUUACUUUUUUAGUCUUUUAAAUACAGUUUCAUAAUGUUUUACUAAGAAGAUUUUGAAACUUGAUGUCAGAAGCUCAUACGAGGUAGGUACCACUUUAUUCACACAAUCAACCAUGCUCUUAAAACUCUAAUCUCUAAAUUUAAAACGUUAAGGUCUGUAAUUUUCUAACCAGGAGUAAAACAAAGAAAAUAAUAUAAACGUUAUAAUAAGGUGCUACUUACAAACAUAUAUUUUGCCUAAAAAUAAACCACUGAAGAAUUUCAAGACCAUUUUCUUCAUGCUAAUAUUAAUUUAGUGAAAUAGAUUUGACUCCAUAAAGGAAGUCAGUUAAGAUAUGUUACAUUUUCAGAAGUAGUUAUAAGAAUCUGAUAUCCUCUACAAAAGCUUAUAUACCUUCCCCAAUCAUAUGCUCGUUCUUCUUGGUAAGGAAGUUAGAAAUUUGGCAAAAAUCAUGAUAAAAAUAUAAAAUAUUAAAAUCCAGAUAUUGGUUUAUAUGAUUCUUCACUAAAAGGAACCAGAUUUUUUGGAGAAAUGGCUAUGUCCAUGGCUGAAGUGGAGAAUGUAUCAGAAGAGCUUGAAACAUCUUAUAAUAUUAGAAGUGAGGAAGUCCUCAAAAUGUAUGGAAACAUGUUAAUAGAACAAAGGCGUUUGGAGUUCUUAUCAAAACUUGGAGGGUUCAUAUAUGGGACGAUUAAGCAUGUAAUGAGAAUAAAUAAUUGUAAUCCCUUGAUAAAAACAUUGAUGAGUCCAUAUUGAUAGAUAGAUGAGAGAGAACGAUUGAUACACACGACAUAGAGCUAAAUACAUGAUAGAUAGAUAGAUAGAUAGAUAGAUUGGUAGAUGGAUGGAUAAGUAGAUAGGCCCUUACCUUAUACUAAAAUUGACUAUUAAUAAAUAUAAAAGUGAUGAAAGAGUUAGAACAGCACGUUUUGAAAUAAUCAUUACCAGUAAUUGAGUCUAGCAAGAUCCCCAAUGGAUGCUGAAUUAGUGGCUGAAACCUUUAUGAGGAAGAGAAUAUUUGUAUAUUAAUUUUAACGGAUGCUCCAGAAAUUGCAUUAGAAAAGAAUAAUGAUUUUAUAAUGGAGAUACUUGGGAGGCUGCAUCUUCACAAAGUGCUCCAAGUGAGUGUCAGCAAUAAUGGGUCAAAUUAACCUCAUGCGCAUGCUCAUGGAAUACACUGAGGAGGAUACUGGUUUUUCCUGUAGAAAGUGAAUAAUGCGAUUCAAAAACGAGAAACUUCAUACAACACCAAUUUGAGGAACAAUUCACUAAAGAACUGCUCUGUAAUCUUCAAAAAUAUCAGUGUCAUCAAAGGCAAAGAAAAGUCUGAGCAACUAUUCCAGAUGAAAGGAGAAUCAACGUAGAUGACAUUAAAUAUAAUAUGUAACCUUGGAUUGGGUCCUGGAUGGGGGAGGAUUAGAGAGAGAAUAUUGUAGAUUAAAGAAUCAUGUCAGUAUUAAAUUGCUUGAUUUUGAUAAUUCUAUUGUGGUUAGAUUAGUGAAUAUCUUUGUUCUUGGUGAAAAUAAGAUGAAUUUAGGGGUAAGUGGGCAUGAUAUCUACACUUUCAACUCAAAUGAUUCCAGAAAAAAAAUACAUAUAUAUAGAUAAAAAAGAAUAAGGCAAAUAUGACAAAAAAUUUAAAAUUCGUUGAAUUGGGUGAAUGUAUAUGUGAAUUCUUUGCAUAAUUUUUGACACUUUUUCUGUAAGUUUAAAUUUAUUUCAUAUUAAAAGUUAGAAACAUGAAGGAAACCAUUUUGGGGGAGUAGGGGAAGCUGUCAAGUAGGAACAAGGCUACAACCUUUCUCUGAGCUCAUUUUGAGAUAAACAACUCCAAUUUUUGUUGAUUCUCAGGCUCUGACCCUUUAUCAUAUUUCAGUCCUUGACAAACUGUCAUUAAGAAAUGGGAAGCAACCAGUCAUGGGUCACAGAGUUCGUCUUGGUGGGAUUCGAGCUCAGUGCAGACUUGGAAGUGCUCCUCCUCUGGGUCUUCUCCCUGUUCUACAUCUUCAGUCUGUUGGCAAAUGGCGUGAUCUUGGGACUCAUCUGUCUGGACCCGAGUCUACACACCCCCAUGUACUUCUUCCUCUCACAUCUGUCCAUCAUUGACAUGUCCUAUGCUUCCAGUAAUGUGCCCAAGAUGUUGGCAAACUUAGUGAACCACAAUAGAACCGUAUCCUUUGUUCCAUGCAUUAUGCAGACAUUUUUGUAUUUGGGUUUUGCUGCUACAGAGUGCCUGCUUUUGGUGGUGAUGUCCUAUGAUAGGUUUGUGGCGAUCUGCCACCCCCUCCACUACACUGUCAUCAUGAACUGGAGAGUGUGCAUGGUCCUGGCUGUCUCUUCCUGGUCAUGUGGAUUUAUUCUGGCUCUGGUACAUGCAAUUCUCCUUCUCAGGUUGCCCUUCUGUGGACCCCGGAAAGUGAACCACCUCUUCUGUGAAAUUCUGUCUGUCCUCAAGCUGGCCUGUGCUGACACCUGGAUCAACCAAGUGGUUAUCCUUGCUGCUUCUGUUUUUGUCUUAGUUGGGCCUCUCUGCUUAAUGCUAGUUUCCUAUAUGCGCAUCGUCUGGGCCAUCCUAAAGAUCCAGUCAAAGGAGGGCGGCACAAAGGCCUUCUCCACCUGCUCCUCCCACCUCUGUGUGGUUGGACUCUUCUUUGGCAUCGCCAUGGUGGUUUAUAUGGUCCCAGACUCCAAUCAACAAGAAGAGCAAGAGAAAAUACUGUCCCUGUUUCACAGCCUCUUUAACCCCAUGCUGAACCCCCUCAUCUACAGCCUGAGGAAUGCUCAGGUGAAGGGGGCCUUGUAUCGAGCACUGCAGAAGAAGAGGCCCAUGUGAAGGGUAGACAGAAUGUUGUUUGAUUGCAGAUUUCCUUUUAAAAUAUGUGCUUUGUGAAGCAAAAUGUCAAAAAAAUUUCCCACUUUGAAUUUUGAUGCAAAAAUGGUACCGGCCCAAAUUUUAGCUCUGAAAAUAGGGCGAAGUUCCAAGGCAAAGCAUAUCUUCUAAACUUUAAAGACCAUGUUAGGAAAUGUGGCAGCUAAAUAAUCGGAAUAUUUACUCUGUCUUUUAAGAAAUAUUGAAUUCUCUUUAUUUUGGAAGCCAAGAAUACUAAUGUAUGGAGAAAAAAUUUAAAUGUCGGAAAAGGAUAUCAAUACAUUUCUCUGGCUUACGUAUUUAGACAUAGAUGACUUCUUCUCACCUUGUGGUAGCUGGAAACAGUGCAGUAAAAUUAAUACCAUGAGAGACAACUUCCAAAGGAGACUUAAAAUUUCAACAAAGAAAAUACUACAGAAUUAUAUGACUCUUCUUCCCCAAUUGUGAGGCCAAUGAAAUAAGAGUUUAGAGAAACUCUAGAUUACUUGGUGGAAUAAUUUAGAAGUAAAGGGAAAAAAGUUAGAGAGAGAUUUAUUCCAACAAGAAACUGUAUAAAAAAUCCUCAAAUAUAUUAAAAGUUUAAGAUUUGGUCAAAAGGAAAUUCAUUAGUCAAUAUGUAAAUAGUUCCAGAGAUAAGGGUUUUGAAUAUUGCUUAAACAUUACACUUAUUUUGGGGUCAUGAUUUUUCUAAUAAUGUAAAAUUUAAUCCUGUUGGAAUUCUUGAAAAUUUUCCCACCAAAAUUUGUGUACUCUUUGAACCAAGUAAGCUGAAGAUGGUUUGGGGUAGCACCAAGCAGCAUGAGACAACUAGGAUAUAGCCAACAUCAUUUGUCCUUCACGGCAGCAAGAAUUCCUCUGGUUGUAUGAAACAGUAUUGAACAACCGUCUUUGGGACGCUAAGAAGGAUUCAAUAAGUUAGGAUUUCUCCCUUUUUGUAAAAAUUCAAUAUUUACAUAUAUUGCAAAAUGAUCACCACAGUAAGUCCAGUUAACAUCCUUCACUAUACAUAGUCACAAAAUUUUUUUCCUGUGACAAGAACUUUUAAUGUCUUAUCUCACCCUCUUUCACAUAUACCGUACAGUAUUAUUAACUAUAGUCAUCAUGCUGUAUGUAAAUACCCAAGAUUUAUUUAUUUUAUAACUCUCAGCUUGUCCUUUC